CAGGUGAGGGUGUUUUUCCUGGGCUGUGGAGACAACUGGGAGAAGAUGAAGCUCUCCCUCCUUGCAGUGCUGGUUUGGCUCCUCUUGGCAGCUCAAGCAGAUGCCCUGUACUGCUACACCUGCAACUGGGAGCAGAGCAACUGGAGCUGCCUGAAGGCUGAGAAGUGCUCAGAGCAGGAGGAGUACUGUGUCACCAACGUGGCCUCCGUGGGCAUCGGCUUUCUGUCCCUUUGGAAGAGGAUCACCAAGAAGUGCUCCAGCACCUGCCCACACCACAACUUCCUCCUGGGGCUGGCCACCUACACCUCCUACUGCUGCCAGAGCUUCCUGUGCAACCUGAGUGCGUGCCCAGGGCCCCGGCUGGCUCGCCCCUGAGUCCCCAUCCCGUGUCCCCCUCCUGCUGCUGGGACAAACUGGGUCCUGAAGGGCUGAAGAGCUUGGCCAGACCCCCCCCAGGAGCUGUGGACAUCAAACAUCAGGGAUAGAUGAAGCAUCGUUGUCACUGUCUUGUCCUCUGCUGUCUCCCAACCUUCUGCUGGUUUUUCUUCCCCACCCUGAGCUCUGAGUGCCACACCCAUUCCUUGGAUGUGGGGAUGGGAACUUCCAUUUCUGUCGAGAAAUUCCUCCUGAUGUCCAACCU